AUGUACACAGAAAUGCCCUGUUUGGGAAUAACCAGAGCAGAAUGUGGAAAUUGCCACAGACAACUGCCAACUGAGGAAAUCAUUGCCCAUGAUAUUUGCCAGGAGAUAGAUAUUGGCCAUAACAGCUGCCAAGAAGAACCUGAUGAAAACAAUGGUCAUGACAUCUGCCAGGAAGAACCUGAGGACAAUAUUAGCCAUCACAGCUAUCAGGAACAACCUGAGGAGCCUGGCACAGAGAUCAGCCAGGGUAAUGCCUCAGAGGAGGAAGAAAAUAUAGAAGAACAAGAUGAAGAAGAAAACAAUAGUUUUGACAUGCUUAUAUCUAGUGGGGAAGAAGAAAGCAUUAGUGAUGAUCUGUUUCCAUUUCUUGAGAAACAACCUGAGAAAAUGAUUGCCCAUGACAAUUGCCAGGAAGAACCUGAGACAAAUAUUGGCCAUUUCCAGGAGCAACCUGAGGAGCCUGGCACAGAGAUCAGCCAGGGUAAUGCCUCAGAGGAAGAAGAAAAUCUAGGAGAACAAGAGGAAGAAGAAAGAAAUAGUGAUGAUAUGGUUAUAUCUAGUGGGGAAGAAGAAAGCUUUAUUGAUGAUCUGUUUCCAUCACUUGAGAAACAACUAGAGGAAAUGAUUGCCCAUGAAAUCUGCCAGGAGGAACCUGAGACAAAUAUUGGCCAUUUCCAGGAGCAACCUGAGGAGCCUGGCAAAGAGUUCAGUCAGGGUAAUGCCUCAGAGGAAGAAGAUAAUCUAGAAGAACAAGAUGAAGAAGAAAACAAUAGUGAUGACAUGGUUAUAUGUAGUGAUGAAGAAGAAAGCAUUAUUGAUGAUCUGUUUCCAUCACUUGAGGUAUGAUUUGCUAUCAAGGACAUUAAGACAUUUUGUGCAUUGAACUGAUUGAUUUAUUGGGACAUGUUUAGCGUAAAGUUUAUUUAGUAUGACUUUGUUUAGGCCCACUAAUGUCUAGGAACCUAAUAACCAAACUGCAGUUUAAAUCACCAGUCCAGC